AUGACGGCCUCGACCAUCGUCCGAGGCGCACAGUUGCCUUCGGAGAUGUUUGACCGCCACUCUGAGUCCGUUGCGAUGCGGACCUGUGACUUGAACUGGUACGUCAUGCGGAAAUACGACUUGAUGGUUCGUUCUUUGUGGUGGUCGGGAUUCAAGGUCUCGUAGAUAAAGGGUGUCGGACCCUUCGACCAGUCAGUCGAUCAUGGCUCACGUCUCGGCUGCCCUCAACGUGCCCUCGAAGUGGGCUGAGCUCGCGGCCGAGCAACAGUCAUCGUAGGCCCGGGCGAUGGAGCGCCCGGUGGACGAUCUCAUCCAGGCGCGUGGCCGCAUUCAAGCCAUGGAGGCCGCAACGCUGGGGGACGAGGAUUGGAAGCCGAUUCUUCCUCUCCUCAAACCUGUAGUGGUGCGCCUGCAGCGGUAGUCGUAACUUCGGUGGUUCCGCUCAGCGCUGCGGCUGCCGCGAGCGGCAGCCUGCACCAGCGUUCGUGAACACGCGUGUUCUUUCUGUAAAGGCCAGCACGAGGCUUAUACCCACGUCGGGUCCGCAUGACCCAGUUGGCGCGUCUGUAUCACCAUCCUUUCCCUCUUCUCGUGUCGUGCCGUCACUUCCGCCUCAUGUCCGCGUACGUGUAGAUGCCUGGUCCCGACGGGCCCUGUGCCCCUUUCUGAGGUUGUUACCUCAGGCAUCGCGUCGCGUGCCUCCGUUCUCUGGUUCAGGGGUCGAAUCCCCCGCCGUUCGCGCCUCCUCACGUCCGCGUACGUGUAGAUGCCCGGUCCCGACGGACCGGAGGGGCGUUGCCACUUCCUGCACAGCCGAGGGCUGACGUGCUGGAUUUGGACCCGGUCUCGACGGGCCCUGUGGCCCUUUCUGAGGUCGUCACCUCUCAGGCAUCGCGUCGCGUGCCUCCGUUCUCUUGUUCAGGGGUCGAAUCCCCCGCCGUUCGCGCUUCCUCACGUCCGCGUACGUGUAGGUGCCCGGUCCCGACGGACCGGAUGGGCGUUGCCACUUCCUGCGCAGCCGAGGGCUGACGUGUUGGAUUUGUAUUUCCAGACCCGCUAA